AUGGGGGCAGGGUCUAGCAGGCGCAACAAUGGCGGCGGGAAAGAGAAGAAGGCGGGAAGAGAAGGAGAACAGAAGGACUCUAGUGAUGCGAACAAGGAUGCUCAGGGAGGGAGUGGGAAGGAGGAGCAGGAGGGGAGGGAGCAGGAGGGAUUCAAGAGCGCUGAGAAGCUCGCGGUUUCGGGUCUUGCGAAGUCCGAAUCAGCGGUGCGGCCGAACGAGGAUGCGGAGCCAUCUCACCAUCAAGUUGCCCACCCAGCAGGAAUUGAGCAUGUAAAGAGAGAGAGCGUGCAUGAGCAGCACAGUGAGAUCAGCAACGAGCCUGCUCCGAGGACCUCCACAGAGAAACGAAGGAGCUCGCGCGAGUCCGGACGUCACCAGAGCAUGUUCGGCUUCUCCUGGAUGUCGCUGUCCCGCCAUUCCUCACUCAGCUCAGCUCAAGGAGCAGAUGAAGGAGCAGGUGGAUCGGAUCCUCAUGCUGUCGACGAUGGCGGUGAGAUGGGGGUCGACAGGGCAGGCGCGCCCGAAAGUUUCAGAGACAUGCAUGGUAGAGGCACCGCCCCCAUGGCAACUGACGGAAGGCGAGAGGCUCGAGCCAAGUCGCGUCUGUCCAGCACGACAGACUCCAUGCAGGUGAAGAGCAGCCAAGAAACCCACGGGCAUGUGGAGGAGGAGGCGAUGUGGGAGGAAGAAGCUGAGCCCUUGAGCAACGAGUGCUGCUUCACGAUCAACCUCUCCCAAGGCUGGGAGGAGAUGCUCGCGGAGCAGACGGCAGGGACGUGGAGGAGCCGUCUGUCGAGAUGUAUGGAGUUGGAUGAGGGCGUGUUCGACUCGAUCACGUUAGAUCGUCUUGCUGUGCGAGUGACUAUGGUUGCUCCCGAGCCAUACUCGCUCUUUCAUCGCGCUCUGCUCAUGUUGAUCAACCGCAUGCUCCGCAACGACCUCCCCGAGACGGACCUGCUCAGGGCCGCGCUGAGCUUCUCCGUCCAGCGCCUCCCUCCCAUCAACAGCUUCGAUCCGGUUCCCUCCCAUCGCAGCGCGGGGAGGAGGAAGAGGAAGUUCUGGGUCUACAUCAGCCUGAAUGUUGAGAACGAGAAGAACCUCCUUGGCAACGAGUUCGUCGACAAGCACCUGAUCCCUGCCCUCUCUUGCAGGCUUCCGCUUGUGGACCUUGUGGUUUGCAACCCAAGGGACCACUAUGGCUGCAUCCCGAAGGAGGAGGAUUGUGUGGAGGACCCGUUCUGUCUCCUCUUCCAAGACAAGAUAUCUGUGCAAGAGGCCGAGUUGAGAUGUGCACUUGCGACUUGGACCAGCAGGGCAAGGUUCCUCGCCUUGUACUGCUGCAAGCAUCGAUACUCUCCGCACGUCUCCCACUCUGGGUCUGCCAGCCCGCAUGCGGCUCUGCUGGAGCAGGAGAUGAGGAGGUACAAGAGCUUCCUCCACGCGCAGAGGUCACUGUGUUUGUGCAACCUCUCCGAGGACGAGAAGACUUCGCUUGUCCUCCGAUCCAUCGUUGAUGAACUGCAAGAAAUCAUCGAGCAGUCUUCAAACGACCCAGACCCCUCACUGACCUCACCCCAACAACCUCCACAUCCACAAACUCCCUCCCAGCGCUCCUCCAACGUCAUCCCUUGCGAGCCCCGGGUUGACUUCCCCUUAAACAUCCAAGAAGCAGCGCACCGCAACUUUGCCGACAGUAUGUGUCGCCAGGGCCCUCCGAACAGACCUGUCCUGCAGCAGCUGCUGAACGCGGUGAGGAAGGGGGAGGAGAGGAUUCUGGUUACGGGGCCCGCGGGGUCGGGCAAGACGACCAUCCUAUCGAGAUUUUCCCGGAAGAUCUCGCAAGUUCUGAAGGAUUCGACCGUCAUUGAGCACUACGACGAAGCGUACGGCAUGCAAGACAGGUAUGUCUCCAUGCUCCGAAGGUUCUGCGGGUCACUCGGGCGGCUGCUGGGAGAGCAGGUGGAGGAGACUCAAGAUGCGCUCCUGGGCAACCAGCUCAACUGGCUGCUGAGGAAGGUCAGUGGAGGCUGCAAGGAGGCUCGGCAAAAUUCUCCUGCUCUUGUUAUUGCCAUCGGCGUAAGGGGAGGUGUAGGGAGGUCGGGCACGGACGUCAGGCUCUCUCUCUCCAACCCCGCGCUGCUCGAGGUCAAGAUCAAGGGUGUUGAGAGCACAGAGCAGGCGAUGGAGAUAGUGGAGAGGAGCUUGAGGACCAAGUCUCUUCACCAUGCUGGAGUCCUCGAGGAGUUCUGCGAAGCCGUGUGGCAAGCGCGCAUGCCCUGCCAGCCAGGAUGGAUCGCUCAUUGCUGCCAGCUCGUUCGAUUCGUUGCCAUCCUCCUCCGGGUGAAGAACCUUUCCCUCACAGCUGCUGCCCUCCAACCCGAGAGGAGGAGGACAUGGGACGAGACCUUGCAAGGAUCCCUCCAGCUCCUCUCCAGCGCCCUCCGGGCCCAGGGCCAGCCGCUGCACUUGCCUGUCUCCCGCCUCUUGAGGGAGGAGACGAGGUUGGAUCUGGACUUGUUCCAGGCCUUCCUCGCUCUCUGCUUGCAGACGUCUUGCGGGAGAGGGACUGCGCAGGUUGACGGCCUGCGGGUCAGCAACGAUAGCACGUUGAGUUUCUUACAAUCAUGGUGGAUGGCAGAGAAUUUCUCCCUGAGGAUGAUCGACUGGGACUCGCUCCCCUUGUCCCACCUCGCAUGGCGCUCAGACAUUCUCUUUGCUCUCAACUGGCUACCGCGCAAGAUGCUGGAGGACAGGCAAGUUGAAGACUGCGCAGAGCUCUUGAUGGACUGGAACAUUCUUGUUGCUCACAUCCUCGGGGGACUGAGCGUCGUCUACAUCUCGGAGCUGGAGGAGUGUAUUGAAGCGUUCGACAGCGAGGGAGGAGACAGCUCAGAGGCAUCACAACAUCUCGACCGCAGCUUGCUGUUGUUGACCAAAUGCAAACUCAUCAGAAACAUAUACCACAAGAUCCGCAAUGUGAAGGCUACACAAGAAGUUUUCCUCCUGACCCAGGUCUACCACGAGCUUCAAUCAUUACAAGCCCUCCAACCCCUCGGCUCAUCACUGGGGAAGCGUUCCAGUGACAAGGUGGAGAAGGAAGGAGACGGGGAGGAGCAGGAGAGCGAGCGGGAGCAGCAGCAGGGAGACGGGAGGCAGCAGUAUCCGAGAUCGGCCUUCGUCUCAGCAGAGGCGUCAAGGAUUGAAGUGACGGACAGGGCAGAUGGUAAGGAAGGGGGGUCGACGGGGAUGGAGAACUUUGCCUUCACUCACGUAACGUUUGCCCCCAACGGCUCCUCCUUGAUCAGCAUCUCCGGCUAUGACGGGAGGGUGCGGCUGUUCGACUUGGCGAGGAGAGAGAAGAUGGACGAGAUUGCAGGGCACGCGUCCACAGUCAACAUGAGCUCCUUCGAUUCUGCUGGGUCCCUGCUUGCCUGCGCCGCUGACGACGGCUCCCUAUCCGUGUGGCAGUUAGGGAGCAGGGGGGGGGACAAGGCCAGGAUGGUGGCGAGGUGCCGGUCGAGGGAGCAGGGAGACAGGGAUGGACACGAGGACUCUGUUGGGAGAUGCUUGUUCCAUCCUGACGGCAAGCUGAUCAUCUCCUCUUCCGACGAUCUGAGCAUCAAGAUUUGGACCUUCUCCUCCUCCACCACUUCCUCCUUCGCCAAGGUUGUCUUCUCUCUUGCUCCACAGGCUGGGUGUAUCACCCUCCUAUGUUGCUCCCUCCUUCGCCCCGUCCUCCUCUCCGGGGAUGAGGAAGGAGUCUUGGAUCUGUGGGACAUUUCCGUGCUCUACCAGUCCAACGGUAGCCUGCAGGUCAAGGGGACCAACGUGUGGAAGAGGAGGGAGAGGGAGGAGGCAGCUUUGUGCGGCUCCUUCUCCCCUGAUGGCGAGUGCUUCCUGGUCGGGCAUGCUGACGGCUACCUGCUCCUCGUGUCCUCCUCUUCCUUCGACGUCCUGUCGCUCCUCCUCCUCGACGUGGUCCCUCAGUCCCUCUCCUUCUCCUCUCAGUCCUCCGCCUCCACCGCUCCCUUCCUGUGGCUGGUCUCCGACUCUGCCUGCGUGCUGGCGGUGGACUUGAAGGAAGAGGAGGAGAUAGCUCGAUUUCAGCUAGAGUCGACGGCUGGAGGAUCGAGCAUGGCGCUGCUCCCGGGCCCAGAGAUGACGUGCAUGUGCGCGAGAGGAGAUGGCGAGCUGUUCAAGCUCAAGCUGAUCGACUCCGGGAGGAGAGGGCAAGGCAGAAGACUUCACACUCGGGGCGAGGAGGAGGAGGAAGAGGAGGACGAGGACGAGGACGAGGAAGAGGAGGAGAAGGAGAAGGAGCUUCGAGACAGGGAGAGCGGGAACAGCGUUGUGAGGAUAGCAGGAGAGAACGUGGUCGGCGGAUGCAAGCUCCUACAUCUCCACUCGGGUCCUGAGUUCAUCCGCCUUGAGCGGAUCGGGCAGUGCGGGCGAUCAGCGUCAGUGAAGUUCUUCCUGUCAGCUCCUGACAUCGAGUCGCGCGAGCAUGUGAACCUGAGCGGGUCGGUGGAGUGGAAGGAGGGAGAGGGAGAGGACAAGCUCCUGUGGUUCGCUGUUGACGAUCCGACGAGCUGUCAGGAGGCCACUGUCUUCACGCAGGAUGAAGGAGGAGGAGGAGAGGAGGAAACGGCAGGAAGAGAAGAUGGUGGUGAAGGAGGAGGAGAGCUGAAGUGUAUCACUGCCAAGAUCGUGAAGAGGGGAGCGAGGCAGAGGGUCCAAGGGCGAACGAUCCCUCUGCAGAUGUACAGCGAGGAGGAAGAGGAGAGGUGGGGCUACGUGGAGAAGCGAGUCGUCCUCCUCGACCUCUCCGUGGUCGAACAGCAGCUGCAAGCUGUCUCCCCGUGCUUACCUGACGUGCUGGAGGGCCUCAGGCGUUUCACAUCCGCCCAUGUUGCCAAGGCUGCCGAUCACAACGCGCUCGCUGUCCUCUUCCUCUCCCACCGCAGGCCGCAGGAUCUCUUCCCGCCCCACGAGCAGCUCCCCGACCUCCUCCUCCUCGUCGCUGAGGGAGGGGGCGCCAUCAACAUGCGCGCAGCGACGACUGUGCUGAUUGAGCCAGAAGACGCGAACUACUACUUCUUCCUGCAGACUGGCUACCUCCCUCCCUCCCUCGUCCUCCUGCUGCCUGGGGAGACCAUGCAGCUGGAGCUUGUAGCUGCGGAGGGAGGAUGCGAACUAGAUGAGGGCGCGAGGACAAUGAAGUUGAAGCUGGUUGAGGACGAGAGGUGGAUCGAAGAGUACGAGCACGAGCACGAGCACGAGCACGAGCACGAGGCAAAAACUGCGAGGAGGAUUCAGAAGGAGGACGUGUCACUUGCUGCUGCCUUCGUUCACACGACCCAUGAGCUCGAGGCGAUCAACGGGUGGAGGACGAGGAUGGAGGAGGAGAUGAGUCGAGCUGAGAGGAGGGGAGAAGAGAGGAGGAAGCUGCAGGAGAAGAUCGAUCGGGUGCUAUGGCUGCGCAAGAUGGAGCGGAUGGUCGAGGUCAAGGCGAGGAUCCUGAAGAGCAUGCAGACGAGGAGGAUGAGGAGGGAGGAGAAGAGGGAGGAGGCAGGUGCGGGAGGAGCAGGAGAAACAGGAGCAGGAGCAGGAGGAGUGGGAGCAGGAGUGGAGGAGCAGGAGUUGCAGCAGCAGGAUGCUUCUGUGGUCAUGUCGUCUACUGCGAUCAAGGAAGCGGCGCGGACAAGCGGCAAGGAGGAGGAGGCGAAAGGUGCAGGAGAGAAUGGAGCAAUUAUCCCUGCUACCCACCCUGCCUCUGAAGGAGCUCUUGGCAAGGAUGUUGGGGUCGACCGGGGAGGAGAGGAGGACGAGGGAGCAGAGGAGGGAGAAGCGAGGCUGUGGAAGGGAGCGAUGCCGGAGGGGCAAGAGGAGGAGGAUGGAGAGGACAAGCUGUUCGAGGCCAACGACGUCUCCAUCUCCUUCAAGAGGGUUCCCUCCACCUCCAAGCAGCUCGCCGACAGGAUAGAGGCAGAGCUGAUGAAUCGAUUCCCGUGGAGGAGGACGAGAAAGGACCUCGAGCCAGGCUUCAGCCGCCAACCUCGUCCUCCUCUCGCUCAAGACUUCUCCCUGGUCCUCAAAGGAUGGGCGAAGGCGCAGGCAGGAGCGGAGGAGAAAAGGAGGAAAGUUCCUGCCAUGGACUUCCAAGGGGUGGAGAGCUGGUGGAAGGAGGCGGCGAGGGAAGAGGAGCUAGAGGAGAGUUCGAUCAAGAUCAGCGGAAGGGAUCAGUCGGAGGAGAGGGAGGCGCUAGUGCCGGCUGGUAGAUGA